AUGAAAUCAGCGGAAGUCAAAAAAACCAAAACAAAAGAAGUGCAUGCUGUUGAAGAUGUGAAUGAAAGUAACGAAGAUUUUGCUCAUCAUGAUUGUGAUAAUAAUAAUAAUAACGAUGCUAAAGAUGAUGGUAAGAGCUCUGGAAAGCUUAGAUCUCCAAAACGAUUAAUAAAAUCUGGUAAAAAGGCCAAAACACCUAAAGAUGAAAGUGAAGCUUCUCUCAAGAAAAGUGAGAAGAUGAGUAAAAAGAAAGAAAAAUCAACUAAUGGCAAGUCCAGCAAAGUGAAAAAAGCGAAUGAUGAGAAGCUGUUGACUGAAAAACCAUCCAGUAUACAAGGGAAUAAUACAGAAGAUAUUGAAACGAUACAAGAGCUGGAGGAUGAAGAAGGUCGAGAAGACGAAAGCGAAACUGAUCGAGUUGAACCCUUUCAGAAGGACACCAGUGAAGUUAAUGAAAAGACUGACACAAAGGAAAUAAUUAUUAUUUCACAGAAUUCUUCUCAAGUCAAUACUGAGAAGGUAAAACAAAUGACUGAGGCUGUGCCACCUAUCCAACCAAAUACAGAGACAGCCAUAGAGUUUUAUCGAACAUUUCGUCAGUGGGCUGGAGAAGAUGAAGACGACUUGUCAUUUAAUUCUGGUGAAACUAUAAGGAUUAUAGAGAAAGAUGAUGAUGGCUGGUGGCUUGGAGAAAAUAUCCAAGGUCAACAGGGCUUAGUUCCAAUGAAUUUUCUUAAAAAAAUUGAUCUUACUGAAUCAGAGUGGCAGAAAAUGAAAUCGGAAUAUGAGAAGAGUAAAGAUGGUGAAAUAAGUGGUAAAAUCCAAGCCGAAGACAGUCCGGAGACAUACAGUGAUGCUGAUGACAAAUAUGAUGACGAACAAGUUAAUGAAGGAGAAGUGCAAGAAAGAAAAGAAAUUAAAGUUCUACAAACUAAAAAUAAUACGAAUCAGCCUAGUGUUCGCACUGAAGACAUCACUAAACAUGGUGAUGAUGAUGAUGAUACUUGGGGAAAUGAAAUUGACAAUGGUCAAGAAGACGAAUUUGAAGACACUUAUAAUGUUGAAGAGGAGGUUGACGAUGUGGAAGACAACCACGAGGACAAAGAUGACGAGUAUAAUGAAACUGGAGAUGACAAAAUUAAAACAGCACUGAAUGAUACAAGUAAAAGCUGCACCGUAGGCCAAUUUAGUACAUUCCAAAGUGAAAAGGAUAUAUCAAGCUGGUUUAUUAAGAAUAAUGAAAAAGCUGUAAAAUCUUAUCAACCACUACCCAGCGGUGUUCGUCUAAGCUUUCUUUCACUACCAGGAUUAAAUUCAUUUAGCUAUCAGAAGUUUUUGUCACCUAAACUCGGAAGUUCACAUCUCGUUUUCACUGACAUCCUUUUAGACGUUGACGGGAAAAAGAUUACACGACGGCAACCACGUUGGCAAAAGAUUCUAACAAUUCAGAAAAUCAGUCAACUUUCACUUCUUGAAGAGUCAAAUUUGUCAAUAUUGAACUGUCUAAUUCGUUUAUGCUUAUUUGAUGGCGUAAAGCCAAUCAGUAAUAUCUGUUACUUGCCUAUAACGCCAACAGAUCGUGAAAAGAAAACCUGGAUAGUCACUCCACAUAACAUUCGGAAAUCUGAGAAGGCGUACGAAUUAUCCUCCGACUUAUUUAUACGCUAUAAUGAGUUCAAUAUGAAUGUCUGUCUCCUCAUAGAAGUUGGAAUUCUCGUGACUAAACAGAAUGCCAACCAACCCAUAGAAUUGAGUCUUGGAUGGACUACUGUACCACUGUAUGAUGAAAAUGGUCAAAUUAUGCCGAAUAAAAAUUAUGAAUACCCAUUGCAAGAGAGUCUACCAUUCGAAACUAAGAAUGCUGAUAAAGGAUCAGUUAAAGAUGGUAGUCUGAAAAGUCGUGUGCAAAAUUUACUUUUCAAUAAAACAACUCAGAUGACCAUACGAUUCAGUCAGCCAAAUAAAGAACAACAAGACAAAUUGGAUGCUCUUCCCGAUGUCCUAAUCGGUUUGAUGGGUUAUACACCAUUUCUCAGUUAUCAUCGUGACCUUUUGGCGAAUGUAUUCCCUGGCUACCGUGGAUCAAGUGGAAGAGACCGACUGAUUUUACGUCAUGUUCCCCCGGAAGUUGCAGUUUUCCCAGUAAUUGCUGAUUGUCCCCUGCUUAUUGAGUGUUUACGGGUUUCUUGGCAAGAUCGUCUUAAAGAAAUCCCAGCCAAUAAGAAGAAAGAUACAGAAUACCUUAGAAAGAUUUAUUCAGAUCACUUUAGAAGGGUGAUUUAUCCUCUACUUUGGCUACAAGAUAUGCAUUUCUCAAAUGUGAUGAGUGCACAACAAUUCGAGAAUGAUGCAGCCAAAACACUCCUUUUACUUGAUCAAAUUCGACAGGAUAUAAACACCUUCGUCACAUCGAACAAAUACAAAUUCAAGUUGAUCACUUCGAAAGAGUUCACUUGUCCAAUUCAGUUUGCCAGCUGA